AGGGGGCGCCAGGUGGCCGGAGAGGUGGCCAUGAGCGCGCGGGGCAAGACGUUGGUGCCACUGCUGGUGGUUGUGGUGGCGGUGGAGGUGACCUUACAGUCAACCUCUUCGCAUGUGAAACCCGUGGAUCCCGAGAAACCCGAACUGCAGGAAGCCAACCUAUUGUCAGGACCCUGCGGUCACAGGACCAUCCCUUCACGUAUAGUGGGUGGCGAAGAGGCCGAGCUUGGCCGCUGGCCUUGGCAAGGGAGCCUGCGUGUAUGGGGCAACCACUUAUGUGGCGCAACUUUGCUCAACCGCCGCUGGGUGCUUACAGCUGCCCACUGCUUCCAAAAGGACAAUGAUCCUUUCGACUGGACAGUCCAGUUUGGCGAGCUGACCUCCAGGCCGUCUCUCUGGAACCUACAGGCUUAUUCCAACCGUUACCAAAUAGAAGAUAUUUUCCUGAGCCCCAAGUACACGGAGCAGUUUCCCUAUGACAUUGCUCUGCUGAAGCUGUCAUCGCCUGUCACCUACAGUAACUUCAUCCAGCCCAUCUGCCUCCCGAACUCCACAUACAAGUUUGCGAACCGAACUGACUGCUGGGUGACCGGCUGGGGGGCUAUUGGAGAGGAUGAGAGUCUGCCACUUCCCAACAACCUCCAGGAAGUGCAGGUAGCUAUCAUCAACAACACCAUGUGUAACCAUUUGUUCAAAAAGCCAGACUUCCGCGUAAACAUCUGGGGAGACAUGGUUUGCGCUGGCAGUCCUGAAGGCGGCAAGGAUGCCUGCUUUGGUGACUCAGGAGGACCCUUGGUCUGCAACCAGGAUACAGUGUGGUAUCAGGUCGGAGUUGUGAGCUGGGGAAUAGGCUGUGGUCGGCCCAAUCGCCCUGGAGUCUAUACCAACAUCAGUCAUCACUACAACUGGAUCCGGUUGACUAUGAUCCGAAACGGGAUGCUCAGGCCUGACCCAGCCCCCCUACUGCUGUUUCUUACUCUGGCCUGGGCUUCUUCCUGUCUGCUGAGGUCUGCCUGAGCCUUCGUGCGUAAAGCAGGGCACCUGUGGGGUCAGGCUGUUUCUUUUGUAUCUCGUUUGCUAAUAAACACAUUGAUAGUUUCCUA